CUCCGAUCACUGCUGCAACUUUUGCAGAGACUCCUCACUCCACAGACAUGUCGCGCAUUAGCUGAAGUAAACCUGUCAUCGCGGCUCAUCUUUUGGGCCAACGCAAGAAAAAAACAAAUGAAUAAAUAACCAGCAGGUGAGGAUCUGCAGACGCUCAGCCUUGCAUCGGACCCCAGCUUUUUCCACCUUUUUUUAUUAUUAUUAUUAAAUAGCCUGGAUAAAAAUUACAUGCAUUUUCUCCACUAAUGAACCAAGCCAGUAAUGCAGGAGACCGAGGCUACCCUCUCAUCAUUUUUUCAAGAUGGCAGAUAUUUAUUGAGUUUUGAACAGAAAGCUGGCUUUAUUCUUUGCCAUGAAUAACAGGAAUCCUUGCACCGAUGGCCCCUGUAUACCAAGGUAUGGCCUCGCAAGUGCAAGUGUUCUCCCCUCAAACUCUCCAGUCAAGUGCCUUCUUUAGCGUAAAAAAACUCAAGGUGGAGCAGAGUUGUAACUGGGAUAUGACAGGGUACGGCACACAUAGCAAAGUCUACAGCUACAACAGCAGCAAGAACGUUUCUGCCACCGGUGGUGCUCCUCUAGGCAUCAACAGCUCCCUGCAGGUCGCCAGCUCCACCCUGCCCUACGAGCAGGCCCUGAUCUUUCCAGCCAGCGCUGGUCAUAUUGUGGUUGCCUCAGCCAGCAGCACCUUGGGGGCCGUCGGGUCUCUGCUGGGUAGCAGUGGUGGAGGCAGCAGCAACAGCAGUGGCGGAGGCGGUGGAGUUCACAACCUGACGCGCCGCAGCACGGUGAGUCUCCUGGACACUUACCAGCGAUGUGGGCUUAAACGCAAGAGUGAAGAGCUCGACAACAACAGCAGUGUGCAGAUCAUUGAGGAACACGGCCCACCCAUGAUCCAGAACGGAGGAACAGGUGGAGCGACGGCGGCCACGGUGGCAACCGCCACCUCCACAGCGACGUCCAAAAACAGCGGCUCCAACAACGAAGGGGAUUACCAACUAGUCCAGCAUGAGGUGCUCUGCUCCAUGACCAACACCUAUGAAGUCUUGGAGUUCUUGGGUAGAGGAACCUUUGGGCAGGUGGUGAAGUGUUGGAAAAGGGGAACAAAUGAGAUAGUGGCCAUCAAGAUCUUAAAAAACCACCCUUCAUAUGCACGGCAGGGGCAAAUUGAGGUCAGCAUCCUGGCGCGCCUCAGCACAGAGAGCGCAGACGACUACAACUUUGUGAGAGCCUACGAGUGCUUCCAGCACAAGAACCACACGUGCCUGGUGUUUGAGAUGUUGGAACAGAACUUGUAUGACUUCCUCAAACAGAACAAGUUCAGCCCUUUGCCACUCAAGUACAUCAGACCUGUGCUUCAGCAGGUGGCAACGGCGCUAAUGAAACUGAAGAGCCUCGGACUGAUCCACGCCGACCUGAAGCCAGAGAACAUCAUGCUUGUGGAUCCUUCUCGUCAGCCCUACAGGGUCAAAGUCAUUGACUUUGGCUCAGCCAGUCAUGUGUCCAAAGCAGUGUGCUCCACUUAUCUGCAAUCCAGAUACUACAGGGCUCCAGAGAUCAUCCUCGGCCUUCCGUUUUGUGAGGCCAUCGACAUGUGGUCGCUGGGUUGUGUAAUAGCUGAGCUGUUUCUGGGAUGGCCCCUGUACCCUGGAGCCUCAGAGUACGAUCAGAUCCGGUACAUCUCGCAGACGCAGGGUCUUCCUGCAGAAUAUCUUUUAAGUGCAGGGACAAAGACCACCCGCUUCUUCAACAGAGAUCCAGACACCACCUACCCUCUUUGGAGACUGAAGACUCCGGAAGACCAUGAGGUUGAGACGGGGAUCAAGUCCAAGGAGGCUCGCAAGUAUAUCUUCAACUGCUUGGAUGACAUGGCACAGGUAAACAUGACAUCGGAUCUUGAGGGGAGCGACAUGCUGGCAGAAAAGGCUGACCGGAGGGAGUUCAUCGACCUGUUGACCAAGAUGCUAACCAUUGACGUUGACAAGAGGAUCACCCCCAUCGAAACACUUAACCACCCCUUCGUUACCAUGUCACAUCUCCUUGAUUUCCCUCACAGCACACAUGUAAAGUCAUGCUUCCAAAACAUGGAGAUCUGCAAACGUCGUGUCAACAUGUAUGAUACAGUCAACCAGAGCAAAACGCCCUUUAUCACCCAUGUGGCCCCCAGCACCUCCACCAACCUCACCAUGACCUUCAACAACCAGCUGAACACUGUGCACAGUCAGGCCACCAACCUGGCUCCCUCCUCCACCAACAAUGCCACCCUUUCCUUUGCAAGUCCCGAUGUCUCCAUACUAAACUACCAAUCUGCACUCUACCAGCCUUCUGCUGCGUCCAUGGCGGCUGUGACCCAAAGGAGCAUGCCCCUGCAGCCCGGUGCGCCGCAGCUCUGCGCCGCUCGGCCUGACCCCUUCCAGCAGGCUCUCAUAGUGUGCCCACCAGGAUUCCAAGGUUUGCAGGCAUCCCCUUCCAAGCACACCAGUUACUCUGUGAGGAUGGAGAAUGCUGUUCCUAUAGUGACGCAAGCCCCCGGUGCCCAGCCUCUGCAGAUUCAACCUGGCCUCCUCACACAGCAGGCCUGGCCCAGCGGCACCCAGCAGAUCCUGCUGCCUCCAGCGUGGCAGCAGCUUACUCACACCUCAGUCCAGCAUGCCACCGUCAUCCCAGACUCCAUGAGCAGCACGCAGACUCUCGCUAACUGGAGGAAUUCGCAUCCCCAUGGAAGCCAUUAUAAUCCCAUCAUGCAGCAGCCAGCCCUGCUGACUGGUCAUGUCACACUCCCAUCGAACCAGACCCUCAAUGUAGGCGUGGCACAUGUCUUGAGGCAGCCAUCGUCCAACAACAACUCCUCCUCCAAAAAGGCCAAACAGCACCAGAUGCCGACCAGCUCUGUUUUUCCCAGGAACACGUCGACCUACGAGGUAUCAUCCUCGCAGGUGGUACUGUCACCGCAACGAUCGAAGCGGGUGAAAGAGAACACGCCCCCUCGCUGCGCCGUACUGCAGAACGGGUCGGGGACCAACUACCUGCCUUCGCAGGGAUGUGCUGGAGGAGGAUGGGGGGCUCACGAAGCACAGCAGGCUUCCAGCACCACUCGUGACCAUCAGCACCAUGGCCCCAGACAGACCAUCAUCAUCCCCGACACGCCCAGCCCUGCCAUCAGCAUCAUUACCAUCAGCAGCGACUCAGACGAGGAGGAUGACCAAAAACAGAACAACGGCUCAUCUUCUAAACAUAGAAAAAAUGUUAUUAGCUGUGUGACAGUCCAUGAUUCUCCAGAAUCUGACUGCUCCAGCCACAACAGCCCCUACAACCUAGAGUCAAGACCCCACAACAACAACAUUAACAACAACAGCUACGAUACAAAAAACACCAUCCUGGAUAACUGCAACAAUGGGAACCCUCGCACAAUCAUCAUCCCCCCUCUAAAAACACAGAACAGUGAGGUGUCGAAUGAUUGUGAGCGGCUGAUGCCAGAACUAAUGAAUCAUCAGAAUACUGCCUACAAGUUUAAAUCCUCCAAUGGAGUGACAUUGGGCAAUAAUAACCUACCAGGGGCCGCAGCUGGAGGCGUGGCCUACCGACAGCAGCGCUCAGGGCCUAACCCACUUCAGCAGCAGCCCCUUAAUCUUAGCCAGGCUCAGCAGCACAUGGUGGCUGAACGGAACGCCGGACACCGCCGGCAGCAGGCUUACAUCACCCCAAACAUCGCGCCCCAAGCCUCAUAUUCCUUCCAUCACAACAGCCCCUCCCACACUGGCAAUGUUCACCCACACCUGGCUGCCACCCACCUCCCCAGCCAGCCACACCUCUACACCUACACAGCCCCCACCGCUCUGGGCUCCACAAGCACUGUGGCCCACCUGAUGGCGUCACAAAGCUCGGCGCGACACGCAGUGCAGCACGGGAGCUACCCUCCCAGCAUUGUCCACCAGGUCCCUGUUACCGUGAGCCACCGCGUACUUCCCUCACCCACCCUGCACCAUAGUCAGUACCAGGCCCAGUUCGCCCACCAGGCCUACAUCAGCGCCUCUCCCGCCUCCACUGUCUACACUGGAUACCCGCUGAGCCCCACAAAGGUCAACCAGUAUCCUUACCUCUAGAGACGAGCCGGACCAACACUGAAGGGCCUAACCCUGGAGGGCCCGACCCAGCAAUGCUGCUUCCUCCAUCCCACCAACAUCCUCUCCUUAACCUCAGACAUGAACAGAGACAGAGGAACAUGCAAUCCUUAUGAAGCUGUCAUGGGUAACUUGAAGAAAGAAUGACUGAAACAGGAAGAAACAUGACUAAUAUCGUCAUUAGAGGGAAAGAUGGCUACAAUUUUUCUUCUUUUGACGUUUUUCCCCCCAGAAAAGGGCCAGUUUUUAGCUUUUGUUUGCCUUUUCUUCUCUUUGCUUUACUUCUUGGAAAAAGAGACAUCUCGUAAGUUUAAUGGGGAAGCGUUCGGCAGGUGUUUUUCGAGGAAAGGGUUUUCUGUUUUAUUUUUGUUGUUUCCCAAACCCCCCC